AAUAGUCAAAUAGGAUUAAUUUAAAACUGUAUAUCGCUAUAAUCUUAUCAAAUAAACAAAAUAAAUAGUGGUACACAUAUCGCACAUAAUCCAGUUAGUGAUUAAAUGUAAGUGAGGACUGACUUUUGGUAUAAAAACAGCUUGAUUGCCAUCAUGAAGAGCUUCAUCAUCAUCGCGGUGCUGUCAGCACUCGCAGCCUGUCAUGGCGCCGCUGUUCCCCCGAGCGAGGCGGACAUGUUCUCGUCUUUCAUUCAAGAGCAGAUGUAUCCAAACUCCACCGUGGAGUACAAUGAGGAAGACCAGAACAUCACGUUUUCCAAAGGAGAAGUUGGAGAAGACCAAAUACUGUUACUUACACGUGAAAUCCACGUGCCAGCUGAACCUGGAAAAACACAGUAUGCUAACCUGAUACAUCGUAGUCCAGCUAAUAUACGGAUAACGCGAGUUCGGUGGCGUUAUGGAAAGUUGGAAAAACCAGCUGAUAUGGGUAUUGAAGGAAUGGAAACCCGCGUCGUCCACAUAAGUUACACGUCAUUUGAAGGCGAUGGUAUCCACGUCUUUCUUGAAGUGUUCGGUCGAAUUGUGGAGAACUGAGUACAUCACUAGGCUGUGAUUGUCCUCUACUGGACGUACCUCUCCAAUAGCACGCCAUUGAGCUUGGUCUUCAGCUCUUCUCAUACAACCACUGUCAGCCACAUUGCGGAUAUCUUUUUUUUUUAUAAACGAGCAGACGUAUCACCUGAUGGUAAGCAAUCGCCGCCGCCCAUGGACAAUUGAAACACCAGAGGCGUUACAAGUGCGUUGCCGGCUUUUUUGGGAGUUAGGAAUUUAAGGGUUGUUGUUGGGGAAUCGGGGAUUGGGAAGAUUGGAAAGGGGGGAAUUGAGUGUGGGAUUUUUACUUCACUAAACCACCCCUGUGUCCACCCUCAGUCUGUAAGGGGCACCGGGUCCUCUAAUAGAAUUGCUUUGGAGCCCCCAUCGUUACUCCACCUAGCUGGAGACAUAAUGCUAUGAAAAUGCUGUCUGACUAGAAAUUCAUGUCAAGAAGAAAUCGAAAGAAAUUUAUCAGAAAACAACAUAAAAGUGUUCAAAUAAAAGUUAUCGAUGAAAA